AUCAGCAUUGAGCAACAGUGUUGCAGCCAGAGUAGAGAACCAUUCAUAAAGAAUGUGACAUAAGCCCGUUGCCAGAUAGGAAUUUGACAUGUGUUAUAUAAGAGUUUCUAAACCAUGUUGAUAUAAGCAGGGACAUUUCACUUAUUUAAAAGUACAUAACUAUAGCUACUCUACCCUUCAAUCAGCAUUGCCAUGCAUGCAGUCGACAAGACAUAACAUUGUAUUUCUUCCCUGCUGUAGCUUAUACAAAGUUGAAUUUCCAAUAUGGUAGAGAGGUUGUUGUUGGACUGUGGACUGUUGUCAUGUCCCCGCAGUGCCUGUAGUGGUGCUGUGAGGAGUCUGCUGUGGACUAAUCUAAAAUCCUCAGCAGCUCCCACCUGCUAAUGUUUGCUGUGGAUAAUCUACAUUUACAUGCAUCAGUAUUUUCAAUGAUAUUGCAUUCAGAUAGGAGCAUUAUUAGUUACCUAAAAUAUCGAAUAUCGAUGCACAAAUAGGCGAGCUGGUUGUAAUAGGCACUUCUACUCUAACAGGAGCGAAUACCUUACACACAGCCUAUACAAAUUGAAGCUGAUGUUCUCAAGGACCAGAGUCACGUGAUGUAUGAGGGCAAACACAUCCACUUCUCGGAGGUGGACAAUAAGCCAUUGUGCUCAUACAGCCCAAAGCUCUGCAAGCAGCGCAGGCUCAAUGGCUAUGCCUUCUGUAUCCGUCAUGUCCUGGAGGAUAAGACCGCUCCCUUCAGGCAAUGUGAAUAUGUGGCCAAGUACAACAGCCAACGAUGCACCAACCCCAUCCCCAAGUCUGAGGAUCGCAGAUACUGUAACAGCCACCUCCAAGUCCUUGGCUUUAUCCCCAAGAAGGAGCGGAGGAAGAAACACAAUGCAUUGGAGGAGAUGCGCUCAACACCUCACCUGGAGUCAGUGGCUCUUAACAUAACUGUGCCCUCGCUAGCUCUGAAGGCCUCCAAUGGCCUGGACGAGCUGCCACCCUCUCCACCCUGCAUCCGUCUGCUACCCCUCCCAGAUGGGGAGCUCUUGGACCCUUUUGCCUUCUACGAGGAGGACACUGAUGGGGAAGAGGGCCCUCCUCGGAAGGGCUCCACCGUCAGGAAGAAACUACACAGUAGACUGGUGCUCAGCCAGAAACUCCAGCUCCCCCAUCACGACAAUGCCCUCCUCCAACCACCUCCGGAGCACUUUAGCCCCUCUCCUCUUACCUGUGUGCACCGCUCUUCGCCCCUCCAUCCUCAUCUUCCCUGUCAGCAGCAGACAGGACUCCUCCAGCCCUCCACUAUACCUUCGUUUGUCCUCCCUGGACAGCAGCAGACAGGACUCCUCCAGCCCUCCACUAUACCUUCGUUUGUCCUCCCUGGACAGCUGCAGACAGGACUCCUCCAGCCCUCCACUAUACCUUCGUUUGUCCUCCCUGGACAGCAGCAGACAGGACUCCUCCAGCCCUCCACUAUACCUUCGUUUGUCCUCCCUGGACAACUGCAGACAGGACUCCCCCAGCCCUCCACCAUGCCCUCGUUUGUCCUCCCAGGACAGCUGCAGGGUUUAUUAUGUAAGCUAGCUCCACCUCAGAUUCCCGCCUUUCUGCCUGUCGGACUGCCCCCCAACACAGCUCCCAGUCCGCUGCAGUCCUCCUGUCCCCCCCUCGGCAGGAAAGCUCUGUUCACUGCCACGCACUUGCCAUCCAGUAGCUGGGACAGCACUCAGCGUCAUUUGGUGGCCAUGCGUCCGGCUGCCUUCUCACCUCCCCUUGCCUGCAUGGCAAGGUUACAGCAUCUGGUGCAGCUCUGCACCCAAAGACAUCAGGAGCACGGAGACCUCUUCCAUCAUCUAGGGUUGGACUGGUCUGAAGACAGUUCAGAGGAUGAUGAAGUGGAGGCAGAGAGAGUUCCACCCUAUCACAAUGCCUGGAGACUACAGGAAGGACACCUGCAGGAUGUAUCAGAUGAAGAUGCUGGUGGCUCGCGGAGAACGCGGCUGGCUCGGCUGUGCUCAUACCUCCAGGAGAAAUACAAGCACCUGUGCAGGCAGGAGAGGGCUACCAUGCGCCAGAAGAAAUACCACUAUGCCUUCCGCAAAGCCCUGCUGCACGCCGCCAGUAAAGACCCUGACUGUGCUGGCCAGUUGAUUCAGAAGUUGCGCAAGGUCUCCCAGACCUCAAGUGCGCCAGGGCAGCAGGAGACGGGAAUCUGCACUGGAAGCACCAAGGGCCAGGCAUGUAGCAGCCGAGCUCUACCCUUCACCCGACACUGCUUCCAGCACAUUCUGUUGAAUCGCUCUCAGCAGCUCUUCUCCAGUUGCACAGCCAAAUUUGCAGAUGGACAACAGUGCUCCAUCCCUGUGUUUGACAUCACGCAUCAGACACCGCUCUGUGAGGAGCAUGCCAAAAAGAUGGACAAUUUCCUGCGUGGAGACGGUAACCGAAGGGUGCAGCACCAGCAGCAGCAGCAACGAAAGCCGCGUAAGAAGACCAAACCACCUGCACUCACCAAGAAACACAAGAAGAAGAGGAGGAGAGGGCCGUGGCGGCCCCAGAAGCCCAUCCCGCCGGCGCUACCCCAGGGGAACCUGGGAAUGCCUUCCUCCUCCAGCCUGACCAUGCCCACCCAGGCCAACAUCAGGAGUCCCUCGACGCCUGAACUGAGCACCGAUGAACUUCCCGAUGACAUCACCAAUGACAUGUCAGACAUUCCAAACGACCUCGAGCUGAACCAGGAGGAUUUCUCGGACGUGUUACCCAGGCUCCCCGAUGACCUUCAGGACUUUGACUUGUUUGAAGGUAAGAAUGGGGAGCUGCUUCCCACCACAGAGGAGGCAGAGGAGCUGGUGCGUGCACUACAGGCUGGGCUGAUGGGCUCCUACCCAGACUCCCUGGUGUGCCUGACCUCCAUGGCGGAUAUGGCGCAGGCAGAUGGCGUGGACCACCGGGCCAUGGCAGCAGUGUUCCCUGGGCCAGGGGUCCAGCCGGGGGGGAUGGGGGACCUGCUCAACGGCCGCAUCCCCGUAGAGAACUUCUCCAAUCUGGAGCUGGAGGACAACCUGCUGCACUCUGCUGGUGGCCACUUCUCCCCCUCGGUGUCUCCUCAGCAGCCCCCUGCCCAGGGCCAGACUCUUCCCUCGGGACCCAGCCUCACCUCCUCCACCCGCACAGUCCCCCGGUCACACCCGCCCCACAUCUUGGCCAAGCCGGAGGCGCCCACAUCGUCUCCGCAGGGCAGUCAUUACUGCAGCGAGCAUGUACCAUCCCCCUACAACGACCACAUGUCCUCUACCCACACCACCUCCUUUCAGACUGACUCUCCUCUCCUGCUGGAGGUACCAAGUACCCCACGCUCCUCCUGGAACAACCUCCCCCUGGCCCUCGCUGACCCCACACAGUUCGGCAACCUCAUCAGACCAGAGGGUCACCUCGUAUCCACCUCUCUGUCCACUCCCCCCUCCUCCCACUCUGUGACCCUACAGCCCAUGGCUGCCCUCUCAGCGUUGCCCCAGAGCGGCUUGACGGGCUUGACUGCGCUCCCCGCCCCCUCGCCACCACACGACCUCUUGAUUUCUACCCUUCCCAAACAGCAGCUCCCUCAGUUCAGUGCUGCCUUCGGCCACCAACUGGCCUCCCACAGUGGCAUCCCCAAGGACGUGCAGCCCAGUCACAGCUCCACAGCGCCCCCCACUGGCUUCUCCAUAGCUAGUGCCACCGCUGCAAGUGCCAACAGUGCAACGCCCCCCUUUCCACACAGUAACUAGAGCAAGCCGUGCACAGUACAAUGGCUGUAGGUCAAACCGUGGACUCUAGAAACGUAUUCACCCAGUGUCCAUUCAUUUCCCUUCUGCUUCAAGUGUGCAAUGUGGUAACGGACCUAACGCUUCACUGUUCUAUUGGAAUUUGCACAACCUCAGAUAUUCCUUAACCGUGUAAUGAUUUGGUGGUAAUAUAGCCAGUUGGCCACCUGAAAGGGUCCAGUGGUUUGCUGUAAACGCAGCUCCAGAGUUUUGCCAGCAGGGGGCAGAGUGUAUGUGUGUGUGUGUGUGUGUGUGUGUGGAGGGAGGUGGUUCAGUAGAAACAUCAAAUGUUAUUUGUCACAUGCUUGGUAAACAACAGGUGUAGACUAACAGUGAAAUGCUUACUUACGAGUCCUUUUCCAACAAUGCGGAGUUCAAGAUACAAUAGAAAUAGUGACACGAGGAAUACAUGGAUUGAUGUGGGGGAACAUUGAAGGACGGACUUUAGGAGAGAUUAUUUAUAUCAUAGUGAAAACAACAGUGCUAGAGAAUCCGGAGACAAAGCGUCAAUCAAUGGUCAAUUAAAAAAAUAAAAUAAUAAUAUUGCCAGUUUAUUCGUGUCUGACACACAUCAACAACACUCCCCUGUGUAUUAUUUGGACAGUGAAGCUAAAACUUUUAAUUUGGCUCUAUACUCCAGCAUUUUGGAUUUGAGAUUAAAUUAGGAAAAAAAGCACUUUAUCUAGACCCCGAUUCGAAUGUGUCAUAAGUAUUUGGACUAAUUCACUUGUGUAUUAAAGUAGUCAAGUUUAGUAUUUGGUCCCAGUUUCCUAGCACACAUCAAGCUUGUGACUCUGCAAACUUGUUGGCUGCAUUUGAGUUUGUUUUGUUGAUGUUUCAGAUUAUGUUGUGCCCCUAUAGAAAUGAAAAGUAAAUAUUGUAUAGUCACUUAAAUAUAUAAAAAAAGAUAUAUAGAAUGUUUCCAAACACUUCUACAAUAAUGUGGUUGCUACCAUGAUUAUGAAUAAUCAUGAAUUAGUCGUGAGUGAGUUCGAGGCACAAAGUUUAUACUCCCAAGACAUGAUAACCAUGUUGGAUGCAGUAGCAUUUUAUAUCAUACCCACAAGACAUGAUAACCCCUCUCCUUUACCAAUAACGGGAUGUUAGCAUUUUAUAUCAUACCCACAAGACAUGAUAACCCCUCUCCUUUACCAAUAACGGGAUGUUAGCAUUUUAUAUCAUACCCACAAGACAUGAUAACCCCUCUCCUUUACCAAUAACGGGAUGUUAGCAUUUUAUAUCAUACCCACAAGACAUGAUAACCCCUCUCCUUUACCAAUAACUGGAUGUUAGCAUUUUAUAUCAUACCCACAAGACAUGAUAACCCCUCUCCUUUACCAAUAACGGGAUGUUAGCAUUUUAUAUCAUACCCACAAGACAUGAUAACCCCUCUCCUUUACCAAUAACGGGAUGUUAGCAUU